UAAGUACCAAAAAGCUUUAUUAGACGAAACUACCACACCCGAAUCUUGUUCAUAAAAAAAGAUAGGCUUCAUAAGAAAACGCAUAUCAGGUUGAGGACCUUGUAUCGUUUUUAAUUUGGGAAUGGAGAAUAUUUUACCUGAUAAACGGACUCCUUAAUUUACCAUGGUUCCCUAAGUGCUUUUCCCAAGUUUUGCUUUAUUAUAUAGCGCUGGGAAUGUUGGUUACAAAACGCAUCUUUAUAAACAUGCUUAAAAGCAUAAAUGGAAACUUUUAUAAAUACCGGAAAAAAGGGUUUGGUUCUUGGGAAUAUAUAGCAGCCCGAUGCAAGAAGAGGAGCGAUUUUUCAUCUAAUGUAAUAACUUUUGAAAACUGAGAAAUUUUAAGAGCUCUUCAUAAAAAAUGCAUUAUAGUUGGUUAUUGAUAAAGUAUAUUCAAUUUGACUUAUUGGUUAUAUUGGCAAAUCUAAAUCAAAGCGAUGCAAGCUAUCUGAUUCAACGUAAUCGUGGAAGGAGCGAAAAUUAUAGCAAUGAAAGAAAGAGGGAAGAAUCCUCUACCAAUGUUAGAACAGUUGGUGAAGUGUUUGUGCCAAAAACAUUUGCACUCAACUCACAGGAACCAUCAUGCGAGGAACUUCGAGCAAUGUGGAUCUUUUCACGAAGGCAAUCACGCGCAGCUGAAAUAACCAAUGAAAUUCCAACAUAUCGAGAUCCUUUCAAAUAUAAUAUUUGGGAACCUCUUUAUUUAAAUCAACGAAUGCUAGGAGCAAUUCGGAUGAAUUCUAGAGAAAGAGCCCAAUCUCCUGUAUUUGGCCGUGUUGUGAGUCGAGAGCCAACUGCUUCGCAACGAAUUCCAUUUGAACAGCAUCAAAGAGCUUUUGAAUUUGGGCUUGGUAGCUCGGGUUUAAGUCAAACGCGGUUUUAUGGAUCAGAAAUGAGACCCCCAAAUGGAGCUUAUUCUUCGCGGAGAUCUAGCAAAAAUCGAUACAUAGGAGUACCAAAUGGACCUGGAACAAGUAUAAAAGAAAACCAGAAUUCCGUUCCUGUACAAGGCAGUUUUCAGAAACUGAAAGAACUUAUUUGGACUGAGAGAGCAAAAGAAUUAACUCAACAACGAAGAGAUGAAGAGAUAGCAGCACGAGCCGCAGCUCUUAGGGAGAUUGCUAACGGAAAGAACGUAAAGUCUACCUAUUACACAAAAUCGACCGAUUCCUCUGACUCAGUUUUAAUGGAUGAAAAUCGAAGCCCAGAUGAAAAUAAUAACCAUAAUAGUGGUGUUAAUCGUAUGCAUAUUUUAAGCGAACAGCAACUUCCAAAAGCAAAAAGUAGUCCAAACAUUCUCCGGCCUCCUUCAAGCACUCGGCGCAUUGACAAAUUUCCUUCCCCUGAAAUAAAAACUAGAAAAGCUAACAAAGAAAUUAAAAGUAGUGUUUCCGGAUUCUAUGGUGGUGACCGUUUAAAUAACCCAUUUCGUAUUCAAAUUCCAUCGACUUAUAUAUUAUCCAAUGGAAGAGAUCAUUCUGUUAUUGGUAUUCCAAGUACGUACCCUAUGCGAAAAUCUCACUUCAGAGAAAGGAAUCGUUUUCUCUUAAAGGAGCCAAAAGAAAAUGAAAAUUUUCAUCGCAUUGCAAGAGGCUUUAUGACAUCUCCAUCGAUCGAAUUGUUAAGGAACAUGCAAAAAAAAAACCGGUCAUCUGAGGAAAAUGAGUUAAUCCCCAUGGAAUGGUUCAAUGAUGAUUCCCACUUUACAAAGAUUAAUAACAACAAUGAAAUAAAUUGGCUUAAUCACAUAAUACCGGAAUCUGCACAAUUAAAGUUUGAAUUUUCUAAGUAUGAAAAUGAAUAAGGAGUGUUUUCAGUGUUUCUGCAUAGGUUUGUAAAAAAAUGGAGUCUCUUUAUUAAACAAAAAAUAACAUUUAAACAAAUAUUCAUUGUAAAUAUAUUUAAUUAUAUUAAAUAAAAAAACAGUUAUCUUUAAAUAAAUAUACAUAGUUAAUGAAUUUAAAAAUUAUACAACACGGUAAGAAGGAAUAUUCCAGUUUCAAAACAUUCGUUCAGAGGACGGUCAAAAAAAAAAAUUUAUUAAAUGGCAUAUUUUUUUUUUAAUAGAUUUCUUUGAAAAGAUUUAUUUAUUAAACUGGAUUGUUUUAAUGGAUGGUUUUUAACUUUCAUGUCCACUUAUAAAUACUAUAAGUUAUUUUUAUUCUUUUAUUGUUGCAGCGCCUAACAAUCAAUUUUAAGAUAGGAUACGAUAUCACAUGCUUUUAUCGCUCAUUUACUAGAAGAUCUAGUAAAAAAUCAAGUCAAAAAUCCAUUUUUUUAAGUGAAUUGUGCAGGAAUGUAAUCUUCCUAUCUUCGAUAGGUCCACACAAGAUUCACUAAAAAGAUAAAAAAUAGACAUUUUGUAUAUUUUUUGUCAAGUAAUACACUACUAUACAAGUUGGGUAUAUUAUAUUAUUUUAAACACUUUUUUUAUUUUAAAGAUCAUUUUUCAAAUAAAUUUUUCAAAAUAUAUGAUGAAAAAGACGACUAGGGAUAAAAUGGGUUUCCCAAACUAACGCAGAAUGUUAAUUAAUUGUAUUUUGAUAGUUUAAAUAUUGAGUAGCAUAUAACAGGCAAAUAAGCAAAU